AUGGCCCCCUCAAAAACACCCAAUAUUGCGCUGCCAUACGCAUCCACGACGAAUCCACCGAACCCUGAUUAUACAGACCCGUCCUUCGAUGCCGUCGACUUCCUCAACGAUGCCCUCCCGCCAUUGUCCCUCCAGUCCUCGCAAUCGCAAUCACAGUCACAGUCACAAUCCACUCGCCCCGUGAACCUCACCGAGCUCUCCUCCCGCGUUCAAUCCCUCCUCUCUCAGACAAACGCCCAGAAUGUCCGCCAUUCAACGAAUCUUACAUCACUCACCGAUGAAAUCCUACGCAGCGGCAACCGGCUCGCAUAUGAGGUUGAGGUUCUCCGCGGCGAGACAAUAACACUCUCCGAUCUGGUAACGGAAGGGUUAGCGGAGGAAAUUGAGAAGUUUACGACUAAAGCGGAGACCAAGUCGUCUGCAUCUACAAAAGGAGGAGAAGAACAAGGAAAAGAACAGGAAAACGAACAACACAACGAGGCCCAAAAGGAGGGACAACAAGAAAAGAAGGACGAACCGGUCUACGUCACAAACCUCCGGACACUGAACCAGGUACGCGCACGCCUGGAAGAGGUCGUGAAGACCUUUGGCGAUGCAAUGGAGUGGCCGCUCCCACCGUCCGAGACUUCAAUUACGUCCUCGUUUAUAUCUGUUUCAGCGCCGGAGCCGGGCACCGAUAGUCACAGCCGCGAGGAGAAAGGGCAGGAGGUGGCGAAGAAGCUGCGCGGGGAGAUCACGGAGCUUCUGGGGGGCGAAGGUGGGGUUGAGGCUGCGAUGCGCAGGGCUGAGGCCGUGCGGACGCUGGCAAUGGUGUGGAAGGGAACGGCGGAGGAGAAGGCGAGGAUGCGAUUUGUGGAGGGGUUGAUGAAGAUGGUUGAGGAGCGGAAGAGGGUGAUUGAGGCGGCCGCACAGUCCGAGCAGCUGGCCCAGGGGAGUCAUGGCUCUACAAGGGGCCAUCAGAGACAGGUGAGCGAGGGCCCUGGAGGUGGGAUUUUCCGUAACCUGCAGCGGUUGCGGGAGGAGAUCUACUUGGAGUAA